AUGCUACCUCAAUUAAAUUUUUCACUGAAUCUUACAGAGCGUCUAUUGAGAAGAUCCUUUCAUUCACUGACCAACCUAUACAGAACUCAAGUAAAAGAAAGAUUACAUGCGCUGGAAAACCACGGUUACAUAGCACACAAAACGUCGAAGCAAUUAGAGAGGCUAAGUGCCAAGAAAAGAAGGCAAUUGAAAAAAUUGCAAAAGACAGCAUACCCCAAGGAUCAGGCUCUCCAUGUUCUUCGUAAAUUUCACAAUAUAAAAGACGAGACAUUGGCGGAUACAAAAUUGGGUCCAACUAGUCAGAGCGAUUUGAAGUUUCUAUCCUUAACGAAAGAUAAGAGGUUGUUUUAUACCAUCUUAGGUGUAAAUGGACAACAAUUGCGUGAUGCUAAAUUAAUCGCCAGUGAUGUUCAGAAAUUUUUGAAAAGAGGUCAACUGGAAAAGGCUGUCUUUUUAGCCAGGUUAGCUAAAAAAAAAGGUGUCGUUGGGAUGAAUUUAAUCAUGAAGCAUUAUUUUGAAGUUAUCAAGUCUCAACAGAGUGCUGUUGAUAUCUUCAACUGGCGAAAAAAAUGGGGGGUACCCAUCGAUCAACAUUCCAUCACUAUCCUUUUUAGUGGACUCUCAAAACAGGAUAAUUUAGUCUCCAAGAAAUAUGGAGAACUCGUUCUAAAGAUUAUAGAUAGUUUGAGCGAUAAAAAUGAGCUUACCGAAAUAGAAUACAAUACCGCUUUGGCAGCAUUGAUUAAUUGUACGGAUGAAACACUAGUGUUUAAGCUCCUCAAUAAAAAACUUCCAGGUCUGAAAAAAGAUAGUAUUACGUAUACGUUGAUGAUAAGAUCGUGCACUAAAAUAUCCGAUGAGAAACAUUCCAUGGUGGUACUCGAUGAUUUGAUUCAUAAGAUUCCACACUAUUGCGUUGAUUCUAAAUUGCUAUUUGAGUACUGCGGAGUAUUAUGUAGUCAGAAAUUUUCAAAAAUUGAUAAUCAAGGGAUGGGGUUAUGGGCAUUUUGUGAAUACUUUCAAUUCGAUAAAACCAUUUUUAGUAAGUUCUUACCACCAAGUGAACAUCCUGCUUUGAUUCCGCUAAGCUAUUGGAACAUUAACGAGCCAUUUCCUCUCAACAAACAUGUCGUGGGUUUGUUUAUGAAUAAUUGUCUGAAGAACAAGAAAUACGAACUUGCCAUUGAAACGUUUAAAGAGUUAGAAGCACGAAACAACAAAAUAUUAGACCUGAGCAUAUAUCAUAAGUACAUGGAAAUCCUCAAAAUAGCCAGACCUACCACAUGUGGUGAUGAGUGUCUAGAAAUUUAUGAACGAGUGGCUUCAUCAGCACCACACAUGUCAAUCACCAGAAGGACAUUGAUUUUAGUAUAUAGUGCUUUUCAAAGACAAAGUAUCAAGGCCGCUAUCAACAAAGAUGAAUCAAAUACUGAAAAUCUUCUGCGCAAAGUUCGAGGGUUUAUUGAUAAUGUAGAGGCCACAUACUCAUCGAAGUUGAAUGAAAAAGUUUAUGCACUAAAUUCAUGGAAGUUCUUGUUUCCUAUUUUAAAAAAUCUGAACAUGCAUGAUAAAGUGUCUACCAUGGAACUAAAAAGCACAUUAAACGAGUAUUUAAAAUCCUUGUUAACGGGAAAGUUCGAGAAAGGAACUAAAGCGAGCCUGGAAGAAAUGCGAUUUGUUACAUUAGAAGGAAUUCGUUUACUUAAGAUUUUAACCGACCGAAUCAAGCUACCGACGCUGGAUAGUGAAGAGAUUGCUAACUUGAAAGGAACAGAUAGAAACAAGUUUCUUGCCAGAAGGCACCUUUUAAGGCUUAAGCAAAUGUUGCUGGUGGAUUUAGCGGACAUUGAAGGCAAGUCAGAAAAGAGGACUAGUGGCGAAGAUGCAGAUGCCAGUAAAGAAGGCCUAUUGGAAGACUUGGUGGAGUUGAUAUUACAUGAAAGUUAUAAAAAAUUUUAA